AUGGACUUGCCGCCUGUGCAUCCUGGACCAGCCGCGGAUCAGAUAUUAGUGUUACAGGGCGACCAUAGGUCCGCCUAUGUAUGGGAGGGACAUUUAUUGGAUCAGACUCUCCGCGCUAGGAGACCGGAUGACUUGUGGGACUUUUUGAGGGAGAGAGCUUUCCAUGCCCGCGAUGUUCAGGUUUUGUAUGGGCUGCGUGUUGAUGGACUGGCCGUUGCACUGCCCCAGCAUAUAAGAGCUAUGACGCGUGCCCAGUAUUUGGAUUUGCUGGGGCAGUAUACUGGUUUCAGACCACAGGGUGAGGCUGCAGUUAGAGGGGGCAGUCGCAUUUCUGUGGCUGCUAUCAAACAGCAUAUGGAGGUAUUGCACCCCGACAUUACCGGCGAGACAGAGGAUCUCCAUAUUGACCGGUACAGGAGGUUGGCGCUGUUCCUUCUUUUUGGGGGUGUCUUGUUCCCGAACACUUCGGGAAAUCUAGUGAGUCUGCGCUUUUUGCAUCAUCUGCAGCAGCUAGAUGAGUUACCACAGUACAGCUGGGGUGCUGCUGUUCUCUCAUACCUGUACAGGAGUAUGUGCCGGGCUAGCAUGGGCACCCAGGUGGACAUAUGUGGUUUUCUACCGCUUCUACAGCCACCUCUACCACCACUAGAGCCGGGUGUAGCACCACCGUUUCUCCCUCUAGCUACGAGGUGGGUUCUCCGGCGUGGGAACUACAGAGGCAGUGAUGCUCAUCAUAAUCUCCCCCUUGUCAGGGAUGUGUUAGAUAUGUUGGUGGCUGGACAGUUCAUCUGGACGCCGUACAACGACGAGUUGCUAGCUGAUCUGCCCGAUUAUUGCUCGGUCGACCGACUGCUUUGGAGCACUUCCAUCCCGAUGAUGUGCCUCGAUGUGGUGGAGCAUCAUGCCACAGAGCGUGUACUUUGCAAGUUUGACCGUCCCCAGACUAUACCGAGGGAGCCUGCAUGGGUGGCUACACAUUAUCAGCGGGAUGAUCGUUCGAGGGUGGACGGCGAAUUUGUAGGAUGGCUAGAGGCGCAGAUCCACAUUUGGGACCAGCGAGAGGACUUGAUUCUGCCACCACCUUCACAGAUCCAGGAGGCGACUAUUGAGCUCUAUACGUCAUGGUACCGCCGUCACACCCGACUGAUGAUCGGGAACCCCGUUCAUGUACUUGGCGGUCGGUACAGACCAUACGCCGGGAGGAACGAGGCACUGGUAUGUUUUUGUGGAAUAAGUCUUAUAAUUGUGAUAUAG